AUGGGAAACACUAUGAGUUGCUUCGACCGCUGGGGCAAGCGGACCCCUGACGGGGCUCUCUUUGCUCCCAAGAAGAGAGGAGGAGAGGACGAUAGGGCCAAUGCACUUUUCUCUGAACCCAAGGCCACGCUUUCAACUACCGCCAGCACUGCAACACCAGCAGCACCAGCAGCAGCAACACCAGCAGCAGCAACAGGAGGGACCCCGGCAGCUAAAUCUGGUGCACCGGGAGAGAGAACUAGCAGGAGGAGGCAAACAUAUAGCAGCAAUGCAAACAAAGCAGCCGAUACUGAAAUGAGCAGUUAUGGAGAAGAAGAUGACUUUGACGAGUCGGAAGAUGAGGAACUGACGACGAGCGACGUCCGCCAGAAUAAGUUGAUGGCCUACCGCCGUACUCUGACGAAAGUUGUUAAACUCAAAACCCACUUGCUGAAUGCAACCGUUAAAGUGACUUGCUCUCGAGACGGCAAAGAAGUGGAAUGGUAUAAAGGACACUCACAAGAAGGCGGAAAGGCAAAGCCCGUUGGAUCCCUGCCAGUCGAGAAGAUUACAAACAUCAAAGCCCAGGCAGACAACCCCAAGGGCCUGACAAUCAGCGUCAACAACCCGGCACCCACCACCUUCUCCUUUACAUUCAAGACAAAAGAAGAAAGAGAAGCAUGGCAAAAUCAACUGGAAUCCCUCCGCAAGUUCAUGGCAAUGAUCUAA